AUGAUAUCCAAGCCUCUUUAUUUCUUUCUUCUUAUCUGCUUUAUUUCAGCCUCAUCUGACUUCCAGAACAAAUUUUUCAGCCCAAACUCAGCUGAAAAUGUCUGCAAAGACCCAUCUUCCUUGGAAUGCAAACUUUCUUUCUUAUCAUCUCUUACAACAUUUUUAACAAAAAGUAAUUUCUUCACCAUUCCUAAAGACCAACAAGGAAAACCACUUACUGGAUAUUACAGCGUUUUUAUGGCCGGAGUGAUUACAGGCCUUCAAAAGAACCCUUCAACCCCUUCAACUUGUGUCCAAUCAAUAUCAAGCACUACAACUGCAUAUAACACCUUUAUAGGAAGUUUCAGCAUUUUGCCAACAGAAAUAUUUGACAGUCUUGACAACUUUAGUGACUUUGUGAAUAAAUUUACCGCAAGCUACGAUUCAUGUGCAAUUCAAACGCUCACUAACACCAUUUUGAGUCUAGCCACUGAAAAAGGUUUUGCUCAGCUGCUAGUUCAUUAUGGAGUUAAUUUCACAGCUGUGAAUGCAGCACUUGAAGAUUAUUUUGCAAAUCUCGAAUCUGGAAAUGUAACAAAGCAAGGACAAGAUGUUGGGAAAUUGAUAACCUAUUUGCUCGCAUGGAGCAUUUAA